AGUCAAUGUUCCUGGCGGAGCGUCUCGCUCUUGGACACUAAAUUUCCCUGGGCGUUGGUGGACCUGCAGGCAAGUGCUUGUCUUUCAUCAAUCUCAGACUCUUCCACAGCACUAUCGCUAAUCGAGGUGAAUCUCCUCCUAUCGGAAAAUUAGACCGGUAGUGGAGUUGGGUGCUGGACUUAAUCUAUGUGUAGCAGAGCUAUCGACAAUGAACCUUCAUUAAUUUCGAAGUAGUCUGGUCUGAGCGUUUGCCCAGUCUCGACAUCUUGAAGACUAUGACCGACAGCAUUAUAAAAGCAGUCAUCUCGCGAUGAUGGUUAACGUAUCCUUCUCUUCCUCAUCAGCUUUACAUUCCUUUCUUUCUUUAGGGUCUUGGAACCUGCCAUUCUCUUCCUUCUCUUAUACUGUCUUCAUUGAUUGAAGAUCAUUCUUUUCAUCCCUUCCCACUUCGGUCCUUUCAAACCACGAGAAACGCUGCGCGUUGAUCAGUUCAAAAAUUUCCCCUAUCAAAAUGUCUAUCGCUAAGAUUGCUGGUGUCGUCCUCGGCUCGGCCGCUUUGGUCGCCGGUCACGGUUACGUCUCUGGUGCCGUCGUUGACGGACAGUACUACUCUGGAUAUGACAUGUCCUACCACUACAUGUCUGACCCCCCCAAGGUCAUUGGAUGGUCGACUGAUGCCACCGACCUCGGAUUCGUUGACGGUAGCUCAUAUGCCGAUGCCGACAUUAUCUGCCACAAGAACGCCAAGAACGGCGCUAUCUCUGCUGAGGUCGCUGCUGGCAAGCAGGUCGAGCUGCAGUGGACUGACUGGCCCGAGAGUCACAAGGGUCCUGUCAUCACCUACCUCGCCAACUGCAACGGUGACUGCGCCACUGUCGACAAGACCCAGCUCGAGUUCUUCAAGAUCGAUGAGAAGGGCCUCAUCAGCGGCAGUGACAACACUUGGGCUUCCGACAACCUGAUCUCCAGCAACAACAGCUGGACCGUGACCAUUCCCAGCAGCAUUGCCGCCGGCAACUAUGUUAUGCGUCACGAAAUCAUUGCCCUUCACUCCGCGGGCAACAAGGAUGGCGCUCAGAACUACCCCCAGUGUCUCAACUUCAAGGUCACCGGCGGUGGUAGCGACAAGCCCGAGGGUACCCUCGGUACUGCUCUCUACAAGGACACCGACCCUGGUAUCCUGGUCAACAUCUACCAGACCCUGUCCUCCUACACCAUCCCCGGCCCUGCUCUCUACUCUGGCAGCUCUUCUGGCGGCUCCUCCGGCAGCUCCAGCGCCGCUCCCUCCGCUACCGCCAGUGCUUCUGCUUCUGCCACUGCUGCUCCUGUCCAGACUAGCACCGCCACCGCUUACCAGACCUCCACUGCUGUUGCCAGCGUCACUGUCACUGGCUCUGCUCCCGCUCAGACCCACGUCCAGGCCACCAGCUCUUCGGCUGCUGCUUCCACUCCCACCGCUAGCUCUGGCGCCAGCUCUGGCUCUGGAUCCAGCUCCAGCUCCGGCGACCUGACCGAUUACUUCAACUCUCUGAGCGCUGACGAGCUCUUGAACGUUAUCAAGCAGACUCUCUCUUGGCUUGUCACCGACAAGAUCCACGCUCGUGACAUCUCUGCAUAGAUUUGCCAUCGUGAAGUGGUUUCGGACCGAAU